AUGGCUUGGUUAGCUAGAUCCAUUGCGAACUCACUCAAGCUCGAUGAGGAAGAUGAAGAUGAUGAUAAGCGACGGGUUGGUGAAGAGUCUGGUUCGAAUCAAUCGCCGUCGUUAUCGUUGUCGGAGUUACAGUCUCCUCGAGGCGUUAAGGAAGACAUCUCCGAGCUUACGAAGACAUUGAGAACCCAAUUUUGGGGAGUAGCUUCGUUUCUCUCGCAACCAUCUCCGUCUCCGGAUCUUCAGGAGAGGAAUCAGAGUCCUGAUCAUGCGGAAGAAGGUGAAGACGAAGAUCUGAUUGCUGGGAUUAGGAACGAUUUUGCUGAGAUUGGCGGGAGAUUCAAGACGGGGAUUUCGAAACUCUCUGGAAACUUACCGGUCUCUGAGUUCACUAAGAUCGCUUCGAAUUUCUUACAAUUGGGAUCAGAAGAAGUAGAUCCGAAGGAUUACGAUGUGAUCGGAGUUACAGAGGAAUUAGUUGCUUUCUCGAAGGAUCUAUCGAUGCAUCCUGAGACUUGGUUGGAUUUUCCUUUACCUGAUGAAGAAGAUAACUUUGAUGACUUUGAAAUGACCGAUGCUCAAUACGAGCACGCUCUGGCCGUGGAAAGGCUUGCACCGAGCUUGGCUUCUUUGAGGAUUGAGCUUUGUCCAGAGUACAUGAGUGAGAAUUGCUUCUGGAGGAUUUACUUUGUACUUGUGCAUCCUAAACUCAAUAAACAAGAUGACUUGCUUCUGUCCACUCCUCAGGUACUCGAAUCAAGAGCAAUGUUAUCCCACGAGUUACAAAAAGGAAGCAAAGCACCGGUAGAAGCAGAGUGUUCUGAAGCGAAUGUUGCAAUUAUUGAACCACUUGCUGUGCCUGAUAACCUUUCACCGGAAUCAACAGCUGUUAAAACCGUAAAUCUGAACGAGUCACCCGACUUUGAAACAGAUAAGCACCCAAUCGAGAGCAAGGAGAUACAAGUCGUUGACAAAUCUGUCAUUGAAGAAAGAAACACAUCAACUGCUUCUUCAUCUACAUUUAUCAACGUGCAAGUCGAGAAUGAAAAAGAAGACGAUGGAGAUGACUGGUUGAACGAUGAGGAGACUUCAGAAUCUGUUAGCGGCAUGAAAGGAGGAGCAACAACCAAACAUCCUCUUGGUGAAGACGAAGAAGAUGUAUCAUUCAGUGAUCUUGAAGAAGACGAUCAAGGAGACGUACCGGUGAGUUACAAGAAAGUUACUAACUCUGAUUCACCAGACUGGGUUCAGCUACCAAGACCAGUCCGGUAA